CUAUUUUCUCUUUCUCACUUGAGUUUUUGGAACUUGAAUAAGAUCGAUGGAAUCUGCUUGUUCUGUAAAUGCAAUUAGAUUCAAGACAAAAGGAUUUUUCUACCAAGGAGAACGUAAAGUGAAAUUUUUGGAAUUCAGGAUACCCAAGGAUCCUGCGGUGCAGAAGAGAGCUCGGAAGAACAUGCGGGAUUUAAAAUCAUGGGCAGCUAAGUUGGCUGAAGGUAAUUAUAGAAUGUUGGUGGGCAUAGCAGCAACAAUUCCACCGGAUGCACCAAAGUUAGAAUGGUUGGAGCCAAACUUAGAGGGUGUAAGAACUGGUACUGUUACACCCGAGACUAUCAGGGAUGAUCUUUAUAAUUCUGUCCUAGAGAUUAUCUGA